AUGAGUGGGGGAGGGGAGCAGCCAGACAUCCUCAGUGUGGGAAUCUUGGUCAAAGAAAGAUGGAAAGUGCUGAGGAAGAUAGGAGGUGGGGGGUUUGGAGAAAUUUAUGAUGCUCUGGACUUGCUCACCCGGGAAAAUGUUGCACUAAAGGUCGAGUCAGCUCAGCAACCAAAGCAAGUCCUGAAAAUGGAAGUGGCUGUGUUGAAGAAACUGCAAGGGAAAGACCAUGUCUGUAGAUUCAUUGGCUGUGGAAGGAAUGACAGAUUUAACUAUGUGGUCAUGCAGCUGCAGGGUCGGAAUUUGGCAGAUCUGCGUCGGAGCCAGUCUCGAGGGACCUUCACCAUCAGUACCACCCUGCGCCUGGGAAAGCAGAUUCUUGAGUCCAUUGAGAGCAUUCACUCUGUGGGAUUCCUGCACAGAGACAUUAAACCAUCAAACUUUGCUAUGGGACGUUUCCCUAGCACGUGUAGGAAGUGCUACAUGCUGGAUUUUGGCUUGGCACGACAGUUUACAAACUCUUGUGGGGAUGUCAGACCGCCACGAGCUGUUGCGGGUUUUCGAGGAACAGUACGAUAUGCAUCAAUCAAUGCUCACAGAAACAGAGAAAUGGGAAGGCAUGAUGACCUCUGGUCCCUGUUUUACAUGUUGGUAGAGUUUGUGGUUGGACAGCUGCCUUGGAGAAAAAUAAAAGACAAGGAGCAAGUGGGCUCCAUAAAAGAGAGGUAUGACCACAGGCUCAUGUUGAAACAUCUCCCCCAAGAAUUCAACAUCUUUCUAGAUCACAUCUCCAAUUUAGAUUACUGUACAAAACCCGAUUACCAGCUUCUCAUGUCUGUGUUUGACAACAGUAUGAAAACUUCUGGAGUCAUUGAAAGUGACCCUUUUGACUGGGAGAAGAGUGGAACUGAUGGCUCUCUGACGACGACAACAACAUCAACAACUCCUCAGUUACAUACUCGCCUGACCCCAGCUGCAAUUGGAAUAGCCAAUGCCACACCUAUCCCAGGAGAUUUGCUGCGAGAGAACACGGAUGAGGUGUUUCCAGAUGAGCAGCUCAGUGAUGGGGAGAAUGGUAUUCCUGUUGGAGUCUCACCAGAGAAACUGCCUGGGUCCCCUGGGCAUCAACGUACUCAGGAAAAAGAUGUCUGGGAGGAGAUGGAUGCCAACAGAAACAAAAUAAAGCUGGGGAUCUGUAAGGCUUCUACAGAGGAGGAAAACAGCCAUGGACCAGUGAACGGAAUGCUUAAUGCACCAAGCCUUGGUUCUCCAGUUCGAGUCCGCUCAGAGACCACCCAGCCAGACAGGGAUGUCCCACUGAUGAGAAAGUUACGUUCAAUCCACAGCUUUGAAUUGGAGAAACGCCUGACCUUAGAGUCAAAGCCAGACACUGAUAAAUUUCUUGAGACCUGCUUGCAGAAGAUGCAGAAAGAUUCAAAUGCUGGGAAAGAAACUGCUGUUGCUGCGCCUCCUCUUCCUCAGAAAAUAUCUGUUCCUGCUGUGGCUGCCCGCGCUGACCGUGUCUGGCAUUAUGAUGAAGAAUAUCUUCCUGAUGCUUCUAAGCCUGCUUCAGCCAGUUCUCCAGAACAAGUUGAUGGCAUUGUUAGUAAUGGCUUUGUGGCUGUCAACUUAAGCUCCUGCCGGCAGGAGGUUGAUUCCAAGGAAUGGGUGAUAGUGGAUAAGGAACGGGAUUUGCAGGAUUUCAGGACCAAUGGGGCUUUAGUACAUAAAACAACUGGAAGUCCCUCAGAUGAGGAGCCUGAGGUGCUACAAGUCCUAGAGGAAUCCCCCCAAGAGGAACAACUAAGACUGAGUACUUGGGCAGAAAACAACGUCCAUGCCAAGAAUGAAGCCUUAGGUGUGGGGUUAGAUCUACCUGUUGAUCAUGCUACUGCUGCUUCUGAACAAUUUUCAGAUAAGUUAGAAUUUAUGGCUGGAGUUGCUGGCCAGCUUCUUGCAGCCACACCUUCAAGUCCAAUGGAGGCCCAAGCAGAAGGAGCCCUCACUCUGAUAACAAUACCCAGACCAUCAGUGGCAUCCACCCAAUCUGCCUCUGAGAGCUUUCAUUAUGGCCACCAGCUAGAGAAGAGGGACAGAAACACUCAUCCUAUGGAACACACUGUGGAAUUUUCCUCUCCUAAGGAGAAUUUGCCUGGAUUGGUAGUGACAGAGGAUGCACUUCCCACUAGUACCAGCAGAACAGAUCUGGUACUUCAAUUAAAUCAUAUCAGCCAUGAGGUGCUUGAGAGGGAAUGGCACGUCAAAGAAUGUGUCAGACUCAUAAACUGUGGCCAAAAGGACGUACUUGAACAAUGUAGCAGUAGGGAGGAAGAAAAAGAACCUGGAAAUCUCGCUGUAGAAGCUGAAGAAGGAAGGCUUCCAGUGGUUUCUGAGGAUGCCCUAAAAAUGUCUCACAAAGGGCAGAGUUCUUCUCCACCAGGGAGCUCAAAAUUAGUGGAGGGGAAACCUCCAGCUGCUAUUGAAUCUGCUGAUGAAUCACAGCCAAGGACUUCCUGCUUGGUGCCAAAUUCAGAUGCGAACUAUGAGGUACUGAAGUCAGCAGCAGCUGAGACAUCAGAGGUUUCACCAUCAAGAGUCAUAGACCUAUUUGCUGAUAGACCGGAACAUCAACUAGUAGUAGUGCAGGAAAAUGGUUUCCAUGAUAAUGAAGAAAUUGAUUAUAGUGAAGACUUGGAAUGCCACCAGAUGGACCUUACUACAUUUUUUCACCAGGAGGGCAAAAGAGAGAAAAAUGCCCCCAGAAAUGGAGAGCUGUUCCAUUGUAUUUCCGAGAAUGAGAGUUCUCAUCAAUCUAAGAAAGACGUGGUUAGGUCACCCUUUGUAGUCAGACAAAGUCGCAUACCAGUUUUAGCACAAGAAAUAGACUUGACAUCAGAGUCCACUUCUCCUGUUUCAGCAAAGGAAAAGCUUCUCCUAAAGAAGGCCCAUCAGACAGAUUUGGUCAGGCUACUUGUGGAAAAGAGACAGCUCAAGUCUUUCCUUGGUGAUCUCUCAAGUGCCUCUGACAAGUCACUGGAGGAAAAAGUGGCUGCUGCUCCUGUACCAUUUUCAGAGGAUGACGUCUUAUCCUCCUUUUCCAGAUUGACACUGGACACUCAUUUGGGCAGACAAUCUGAGGAUGGCUGUUUGUCACCAAGCAGCUCUCAGUCCAGAAAGAGCAAGAUUCCAAGGCUAGUAUCCUGGGCUACCACUGAUCAAGUCACCAGUUCAACCUCAGCUCAAUUCUUUCCUCGUCCACCCCCAGGAAAACCACCAACUAGGCCUGGGGUAGAAGCCAGAUUACGCAGGUACAGAGUUCUAGGGAGCAGCAACUCAGACUCAGACCUCAUUUCUCGUCUGGCUCAAAUCCUUCAGAAUGGAUCUCAAAAGCCAAGGAGCUCCACCCAGUGUAAGAGUCCAGGAUCGCCACAUAGCCCAAAAACGCCACCCAAAAGCCCUGUCAUCCCUCGACGCAGCCCCAGUGCCUCCCCUAGGAGCUCUUCCUUACCCCGUACAGCCAGUUCUUCACCAUCCCGGGCUGGACGGCCCCACCAUGACCAGAAGAGUUCAUCCCCACACCUUGGGAGGAGUAAAUCGCCUCCUAGCCAUUCAGGCUCCUCAUCCUCCAGGAGGUCCUGCCAACAAGAGCACUUCUGCAGCAAACCAAGCAAGAAUGGUCUAAAAGGAUCCAACAGCUCCUGCCACCACUCCCCAAACACUAAAACCCCCACAGGAAAGAGCAAAUCGGCUAGUAAACUUAGCAGAUAGGAACUGAGCCUUGACAGGUGUAAAAGCCUUCUUGUAAUUUGAUGCAUGUUGUGUCUGUGUACUGUGUA